CCCCUCAUCAUCACUCGCCAGUCGCCCACCCCCACCCUCCGUCGCGCCUCUGCCCGCCGGCCCGCCCGCCCACCAUGGUCUCGCUCGCCGGCUCCCAGAUCCCCUCGCCCUCGCCCGGGCAGAGCCCCUGCGCGUCGGCACGGCCGCAGCGCCACACGGGACACUCCAUGCGCACCAUCCGCUCCGCGCUGCUGCAGCCGGACUCCUCCCCGGCCUCGCCCACCGCUGCGGGGGGUGGCGCCGACUCGGACAUCGAGAACCUCACUGACUCCGCUAUCGACUUCCGCUCCGCGCUGCUGCAGCCGGACUCCUCCCCGGCCUCGCCCACCGCUGCGGGGGGUGGCGCCGACUCGGACAUCGAGAACCUCACUGACUCCGCUAUCGACUUCCACCUCAGCGAGCUCGCGGCAACCGCGUGUCCCACGCACCCCACGGCCGUCGCCAAGUCGUCCUCCGCCAUCAACGCGGCGGCCACGGAGCUGCUCGAGCUGUCGCGGGACUUCUCCGACUACUCGAGCUUCAACUCGGAUAUAUCCGGGGAGCUCGAGCGGCUCGCGGCAGCGGCGGGGGCCAGAUCCGACGCGCCGGAGACGGGCGCCGUGGAUCUGAACGACCUGGAGACGGCGGAUCUGUCGGUGGACUCGGCGCCGCUCGAGCGCGUGGAGCCGUUCGUGCUGGCGUGCGUGCAGGCUCUGGGGCCCGAGGCCGCGCCGGACGCGCGGCGCGCUGCGGCCGGGAGGAUAAGGCUGCUGGCGAAGCACCGGUCCGACAUCCGCGAGCUGAUCGGCGUGUCCGGCGCCAUCCCGGCCCUGGUGCCUCUGCUGCGGAGCACCGACCCGGUGGCGCAGGAGAGCGCGGUUACGGCGCUGCUCAACCUCUCGCUGGAGGAGCGGAACUGGUCGGCCAUCACGGCGGCGGGGGCCAUAAAGCCGCUCGUCUACGCGCUGCGGACCGGCACCGCCGCGGCCAAGCAGAACGCCGCGUGCGCGCUGCUCAGCCUCUCGGGCAUCGAGGAGAACCGCGCCACCAUCGGGGCCUGCGGCGCCAUCCCGCCGCUCGUCGCGCUGCUCUCCGCGGGCUCCACACGCGGCAAGAAGGACGCGCUCACCACUCUCUACCGGCUAUGCUCCGCGCGCCGUAACAAGGAGCGCGCGGUGAGCGCCGGCGCCGUCGUGCCGCUUGUGCACCUCAUCGGCGAGCGCGGCAGUGGGACGUCGGAGAAGGCAAUGGUGGUUCUGGGGAGCCUUGCGGGCAUCGCCGAGGGCCGUGACGCUGUGGUGGAGGCUGGCGGGAUCCCUGCGUUGGUUGAGGCAAUCGAGGACGGCCCAGCCAAGGAGAAGGAGUUCGCCGUGGUGGCGCUGCUGCAGCUGUGCUCCGAGUCCCCCCAUAACCGUGCGCUUCUUGUACGAGAGGGCGCCAUCCCGCCGCUUGUCGCCCUAUCACAGUCCGGCUCUGCCCGUGCCAAGCACAAGGCCGAGACUUUGCUUGGUUACCUGCGUGAGCAGCGGCAAGGGGGUGUCUGCGGAGCCGGACCAGUGGCAGCCACUAGCUUGGCUAGGUAAAGCAAGAAUUAUGUGGUCAAAGUACGCUUCGCGAUGGAGUCUUUGACCUCGUCUGCUCCAUUCCCUGAUGGAGUCUUGAGAAUGGAGCAGCUCGGUAAGGAGGAGACGCGACGCGAUGAUCGUUUGUAAAUAACAGCUGGUUUUGAUUUGAUGAUGUGAAUACAAAUGCGGUUUGCGAGUGAUGGAUGGUUUGGCUGGUAAGUUUGCUACUAGCAUCAGUUUAGAGGAGGAUUCAGGAUUGCAGGGGUUGUUAGCAGAGGAUUCGGGUGGGUAAGGUCAGUGCUGUUGAACUUGUAGCUGUGUACAUGAUAUUAGGGUGGUAACCGGUGGUAUGCUUGCUUGACUUGAUCAGGUUAUAGGAGAAUGUUGGAUCAUCAGCCAUAUCUUUGUUUACUUGAAGUUUGGAGUCCAAAUUCCAGUGUACCUCGUUUAUCUAACGUGAUUUGUUUCUGCAAA